UCAUCGCCUACAAUGGCUCCUACCUGACGAUCACUAAAGUACAACGCCUUAAUAUGGGAGCAUAUUUAUGCAUCGCCUCGAAUGGCAUACCUCCAACGGUCAGCAAGCGUGUACUGUUGGUUGUGCACUUUCCGCCAAUGGUUUGGAUACAAAAUCAGCUAGUCGGUGCUGCCACCGGCCAAAACAUAGCACUUGAGUGUCAGUCAGAGGCGUAUCCAAAGUCUAUAAAUUACUGGACGAAAAAUUAUACGAUCAUUGUACCAAGCGAGCACUUUGCAUCUGAAACUUUUGAAAGUGGCUACAAAAUUACUAUGCGUUUAACCAUAACAGAUGUUGAAUUUUUUUAA